UUUCGCAGCAAUUGGGGAUUUUUGGUUGGAAACCCAUAAUUCAAUUCCAGUGCUACCCCUCCUCAUGGAAGACAACAGAGAAGCCGACCAGGAUGCACACGGCGACGUUGCUGCUUCGGCCGAACAGCAGUCCCAAAACGUUGAGAACCAAACACUGAAUGAUGUGGAAGUUGACGAUAACCUAAUUAAGCCCGCAGACGGGGAGAAUUCUGCUGGAAGUUUGAGCCAGAACGCCCAACCUUCGUCAGAACUACAACCAGAAGCAAAGGAUGAUAAAUGCCAAGAGGAAUUGAACGUUGAGGUGGCAGAGAAUGGACAUGGGGAAGCGGACGAGGAAGACGAAGAGGGUGGGAGGCGACAAGAAUUGAUGGUUAUCACCCAGGACCAAAAGGGGGAACUAAAUGAAAAUGGCGCCAUCAUGGAAAUAGAAGGGUUACAGGGGGAUGUUAUGGAGGAGUUGAAGACCGAGCCUGAUACUAAAGCUUCUUCCAGAUCUUUCCUUUUAGAUGCUGAUGAUGUUACAGGAGAUGAAUCUGGAACAGAGGAGGAGCAAGCUGCUUUUAUGAAGGAACUUGAAACUUUCCAUAGAGAAAGAUGCCUGGACUUCAAGCCUCCCAAAUUCUAUCAAGAGCCUUUAAAUUGCCUCAAGUUGUGGAGAGCAGUGAUCAGACUCGGUGGUUAUGAACAGGUCACUUCAUUGAAGCUGUGGAGACAAGUUGGAGAAUCCUUUAAACCCCCAAAGACUUGUACCACUGUGUCCUGGACGUUUCGAGGCUUUUAUGAGAAGGCACUAUUAGAAUAUGAAAAGUAUAAAAUGCGCUGUGGCGAGCUGCCUUUUACUGAUGCUUCUAUAUCGGACCCUGCUGCUGGGAGUCAGGUUGUUCAUAAAUUCCACUUCGUCUUAGUAUUUUUAUAGGCUGGUAGAGCCUUUACAACAAAGAUUUUCUAGUUCAGUAGUGUGGUAUUGUCUAAACUCGUAUGGAUAGUUUACUUUAGAGUUUAUAAGAGAACUAGAUGUUUGAGAAAUGUGGAUGUUGUUACUGUUGUGAUUCAUGCACAUACUUAUCUUUUGGUGAAUUUAGAGGUGUCCAGGUACCAUAUA